AUGCAGCUCCUUUCUAUUGUCGGUGUCAUGGCACUCGUGCCUGCAGUGCUCUCAUCCCCGGUGACAGACUUCAAGAAAAUUGCGGUCCGGGCUAAUAGUCGAGGCAACCAAACUGUUGCUGGCCUCGGAGCGCGCAAGCAGGAAGUGGUUGCUGCUGGCGGCAACACCCGUGACUUGGCGAUUGCGAUGCUGGAAACGGACACAAUGACGACGGAUUACACAUAUGGUGACGGAAAGACUGGCGACGGCACAAACUUCGGUAUCUUCAAGCAGAAUUGGUUUAUCUUGCGACACUCCGCAUCCGAAUUCCUGGGACAGACUGUUGACGACGUCGACAACGGAGCCAUUCUCAACUCCGAUCUGGGCAAAGACAUCCAAGCCCGCCACGAGGGUGAGGAACACUACGGAUUUGAAACCUGGUUCAGUGGCCACCGCAAUGGAGAAAGUGGUAUCAAGAACCCCGGCACGGAGGAUAUCAAUGGAUACAUUGAUGCUAUUGCAUGGAUUCAACAGCAGAUUGAGAGCGAUGAGAAGUAUCAGUCCGAUGAUACUCGCUUCUGGGUUGAUGUCCAGGCAAUUUAG